CUCCACAACCCUCGGACAGGGAGGAGAAACGCCGGCCAGGCCUCGACUGCCGCGCCGGGCUUCCGUGGGGAGACAAGCCCCGACCCGCCGCCGCCGUUUCUAGGCCUCGGCUUAGGGUGUGGAGCUGGCUUGGGAGGCCCUUCCGUGGUCGCACUGUCUCUAAGCCAGUGGUUUCCAGUGACAGAGCGUGGAAGUGGCUUGUCCCGUUUUGCGGGGGGGAGUGGUUCUGGGGGAUCAGGAGACAGCUUUUCCUCCUCGAGCGCGGAUCCGCUUUUGAAUGUUGCCGCCGGCGCAGUCAGUCGGCCAGCGGACGUAGCUGUUGGUUCCGAGUGCAGAAACGAUGUGAAGCAACACUCUUUUUGGAUUUCAUAAGACAUCAUUUCAUCAUGGGACAGCAAAUUUCGGAUCAGACGCAGCUGGUUCUUAACAAGUUACCAGAAAAAGUAGCAAAACAUGUCACAUUGGUUCGAGAAAGUGGCUCCUUAACUUAUGAAGAAUUUCUUGGAAGAGUAGCAGAACUUAAUGAUGUAACUGCUAAAGUGGCUUCUGGCCAGGAAAAACAUCUUCUCUUUGAGGUACAACCUGGGUCUGAUUCCUCUGCCUUUUGGAAAGUGGUUGUACGAGUAGUCUGUACCAAGAUUAACAAAAGCAGUGGCAUUGUGGAAGCAUCACGGAUCAUGAAUUUGUACCAGUUUAUUCAGCUUUAUAAAGACAUUACAAGUCAAGCAGCAGGAGUAUUGGCACAGAGCUCCACCUCUGAAGACCCUGAUGAAAACUCAUCAUCUGUAACAUCUUGUCAGGCUAGUCUUUGGAUGGGAAGGGUAAAGCAGCUGACUGACGAGGAGGAGUGCUGUAUCUGUAUGGAUGGUCGAGCUGACCUCAUCCUGCCUUGUGCUCACAGCUUUUGUCAGAAGUGCAUUGACAAGUGGAGUGAUCGACACAGGAAUUGCCCAAUUUGCCGCCUACAGAUGACUGGAGCAAAUGAAUCUUGGGUGGUGUCAGAUGCACCCACUGAAGAUGAUAUGGCUAACUAUAUUCUUAACAUGGCUGAUGAGGCAGGCCAGCCCCAUAGGCCAUGACCUUGGGGUGAAGUGUUGUGUUGCUAAUGUGGCUUACAAACACUUUGGUCAUGGCGGAAGAAUGUGGGGAUGUUGUAGGACAGACACAGAGAAAUCAAUUUUCCCCACCCUCUUAUUUUCGCUAUUCUGACAAUUUGUCCAUUUCUUUUGAUAAACUUUCCAUGUCUUCCAUUUAUGGUAAACUAAAAUUUGCUACUGUUUUA